GGGGCACCCCAAAAUCCAGGUGCUGCAAUUCGGGAAGUAAAACAUCGCCGGACAUUUGGGCAUCCCCUCCCUUACUCCCCCUCCACGGGGGAUGCAGUGAGUGAGAACCCCCCCCCUCCCCACACACACUCCCUCCGACCUGCAGCAUGCCCCACUGCCACGCGGGGGAAACUGAGGCACGGGCGACUCCUUCCUCCCCUGCUCCCAGCCACCACCGCCCCAUGACUUCCCCCUCCUGGCCUCACGGUCCGAAACUGCAGUUUCCGCCCCCGCCAUCCCCCGCCCUCUCAUACCCCGGCGUCGGAGGACGACCGUUGUUGAUCCAUCCUAGAGCAGAAACGCGGCCCUGGGAACUGGGAGAACUGAUUGGCGCCCAGGAAAGGGACGGGGCAUCUCCCGACACCCCUGCACACUGCCCCCUCCUCCCCUCGCCAAGCACACCGAGAGGAAGUAGCAGCCAUCUGACUCGCCCGGAUCUGUGUGCGGGACACGCAUGUGCACGGGGGUGGAAGCUCUUACACACUGCACAGGCAAGUGGAAUAACUACCGGAAAUCAUUUAAAAAUUAAGCUUAGAGGUAGUCGUUGGAGGAAGUCAGUAGUCUUCCUCACGGUGUCCCCCAGGCGACCUCCGUGUGUAUAUCUCUGCAAAACUGGUUCAAGCUAAUCUCCCCAAAACAUCUGCCAAGCUGCUGUUACAAGAAGCAGAAACGUCCUCCUUAUCAAAACCUGGUUCAAACUAGUCUUCCGGGACCCCUGUCAAGCUGCUGUUACAAAAAGCAAGAACAAGUUACAUAAGAACAAAUAAAGCUACCAAAAAUUAUCAUCCAUAUUCGUUGAUCCGCAUUGACACGAAUCAAGGGAACACAUUUCACAAUUUAGAAGUUAAGCUUAGAGGAGAUGACUCGUCUCAGCUCCAGAGAGUAACCCUGAGGGGUGUCCCCACUCAAGGGAGGAAUUUCCAGACAUACUGCAAGGGCAGAGCUCUACAACGCUCCUACCAGAACCUCCCCUGCCACCGUGGUGCGAGGUGAAGGCAAAGGGCCCGACAGGGUGACACCUGGUUUCCUUCCCCAUUUCUAGGACAAUGGCCUCCUCCUGGAGGAGGAAGAACAAGUGCAAGGAGGGUUUUCCCUCACAAGCAGCAGAUUUGGGGAUAUUCAUCCAAGAGAUCAAUCCCAAGCCCUGGGUGGAAGAUGCUGUCCUAGGGGAGGGGUUUGCCAAGAGCAGCCGUCCCCGUAAGAGUUGGAAGCUGAGCAAAGGCUUGUGGUUGCUGUGGCACAUGAUAAGGCAGAAGGGUGGCAGGAAGAAGUGCCAGGCUCCCCAAAAAUCUGGGCAGAGACAGAGAGAUGCCGGGACACAGGCACGGGCUGUUGAGAGAUUUGCUGAGGUGGAGGGGACAGCAAGGGGACUGCCAGAGGAGCCAAGGACCUGUCAAAAAGCCAGCCAAAGACAGCAAAAGCCACCUCAGGGCCAGCAGGAAGAGCAGGUGGCCUUGGUGCCUACGGUCAAUGUCCUCAGCGUGGUCCCACACCGUGGGGAAGGCAGCCAGGAUGAGCUGAUCAUCUGGAGCAAAGCCCAGGAUGGAGCUGUGCCAAGUGGAGGUGGUGGCCAAGGGGGUGAGAUGGGUCAAACUCAGCCCCUGGUUCAAGCAGGUGUCAAUGGGGAUGAAGGGGGAAGGACCAGCAUGUCAGCCUGGUGGGUAGAGGACAAAGGUGCUGCCACUGUCCCUCCAGGGGACUGCAACAGAGCCGGGCAGGACCGUAACAGCCCGUCAUCAGAGAGAAGGUGUGGGGAUGAGCGGAGGAGGCAGACAUGGGAGAAGCUGCAGCAACUGGGAGAAGACAUGGUGAGGUGGGAAGGGAGACCCACGAGAGAGCUGGCGGUCAGGCUGAUAGAGCUAAUCCUACAGACAGAGACCAGGAUGUACCCGACGGGCACCAGGAACCUCCGGCAUCUCCCCACCACACCGCGGGUGAUGGCGAUAAGGGUGGUCAGGAGUGAAGAGCAGUGGAGGGAGGAGUUUGCAGCGGUGUGGGCACAAUACGAGACGGACUGCGGGCUGGUGUGCGAGGAGGAGGAGGUGAGAGAGGGCUUCGUGCCUUUCCUGCAGCAACCCCCAUUGCCAGCAGCCAUGGAAGAGGAGGUGGCAAGCACCCUGCAGCAGCUGCUGGAUGACGGCGUGGUGGUGAAAGGCUACUCCAACUCCAACCUCCCCCUGGCACCCAAGCGCAAGGCCAACGGGAAGGUGCGGCUGACGCUGAACUGCAGAGCUCUCAGCAAAGCCGCCGCCGCAGCAGGGCCAGGGCAGGUGCGCCUGAGCACGACUGAGCUCGUGGCGACCUUGAGCCCCCAGAGUAGAUAUUUCUCGGUGGUGGAUCUCUCAAACGCCUCCUUCGCCAUCCCUUUGGCCACCAGCUCCAGAGCCCUGUUUGCUUUCACCUUCAGGGGCCAGCAGUACCUCUUCACCCGCUUGCCCCCGGGCUAUCACAGCACCACCUCCAUUGUGCACCGGCGAGUGGCGCGGAUGUUGUCCCUUCUAGCCCCAGAGGAUCAACCUUGGGUCUUUUCCUACGUCGACGACAUACUCAUCACCGGCAAAAGCCAAAACGAAACCAAAGUCCGGACGAGGAGGGUCCUGCAGCUGAUCCAAAGUACGGGCUUUAAAGCCAAGUUUGAGAAGGCACAGCUCGUCCAGCCUGAGGUGAACUACCUGGGGAUAGCGAUUGGGGCCAAGGGGCGAGGGAUCCAGGCCAGCAAGCUGGAGGCCAUCUGCAAAAUACCCCGUCCAUGGCAUCUGCACAGCCUGCGCUCGCUGCUCGGGCGGUUUGCUUCCUUGCAGGAGCACAUUCCCGGCUACUGGGAGCUGGCCUGGCCGCUCCACCGCCUCAGCAAGACGCCAGCGCGGUGGGAGUGGAGCUGGAAGGAGGAUCAGGCUCUGAGAAGCCUCAAGCAAGCCAUCGAGGCCGCCCCCACCCUGCGUUUCCCCGAUAAAUCCCAGCCCUUCGUUAUCAGGCUAAUGACGGGUGAAAAGGCCUUGGGAGCUUCUUUGCUGCAGGAGGACGAAGAGGGACGGUUGGUCCCCGUGGGACACAGCUCCCGCCUCCUGAAGACCCACGAGCUCUCCUUCCCGCUGCAGGAGCAGAGGUGCCUGGCAGCAGUCUGGGCCGUGCAGGAGUUCCAGACCCUGACGGGACCUGCCCCCAUCCUCAUCCAGAUGCCCCAUUCCCCGCGGAAGUAUCUUCUCCGGGGUGAUGUGUUGGGGUCCCAUCAGCCAAAUCCGCACCCCACGCAGUGGACCCUGCUGCUGGUGAUGGGGAGGGGGCCCCGUCCUGAGCCAGGGGCCCCGCUGGUCCCCACCGCUCCCCAGCUGCGGCUGCUGCCUUCCCACGUCCCCAAGGCCAACGUCUGGUUCACAGCCAGCAAGGAACUUCGCUCUGUCGCCUUCGCUGCAACCAACCUGGAAGAGCGGUGGGUGCUCGGGGUGGCCGAGGCCCACUUGGUGCCCAGUGCUGAGCUGGUGGCUCUUUGGCAGCUCCUGUGCCAACACCCACGCUCUGAGCCCCUCUAUUUGUACGCCUCUCACUCAGCCCUGGUGGAGAGGCUGCAAAGUGGGUGGGAGUGGGCACCUUCGGGUGAGGGUUUGUGGAACAACAUCCUCCGGUGGGUCUGUGACAACCCAGGGGUGCUGCACGUCAGGUGUGCUGGAGAGGACGUGGAGGAGAGGGAGUGGGGCCAGAAAGCAGGCAGGAGGGCCAGCGAGAUGGCUGCCAAGGCCAGCACGGGCUGCAGGCACCUCUGGGAGCCUUCAAAGCAUGAGAAGCAAGAGAUCAUCGCCCAGUGUCACAGCUGGUUGCACGAGGGGGUGCAGGAGACCCUGGCACGAGUGCGUGAGGUGGCACCCUGGGAGGGCGACGAGGAGGAGGUGGCCCGUUGGGUGUGGAGCUGCCUGGAGUGUGCCACGGGCAAGGAGGAGGAGGGAACGGGCAGGGUGGAACCACAGCGGGCGCAGGGGCCGUGGUCCCAGCUCCAGCUGAGCUACAUCCAUGGCCUCCCCGAGAGCCAGGACGGGCACCGGGCCCUCUUGGUGGUGGAGGAUGAGUUUUCAGGGUGGGUGGAAGCUUUCCCAAUGCGGGGGGAGGUUCUGGCAGAGGAAAUAGCCGAGGUGCUCUUCAGGAAGGUGCUGGCACGGCACGGGACGCCCUGCACCAUCCGUUUGCCGCGGGCGCCGCGGGUUUUUGGGCAUGCCAUGCGGCGGGGGAUGGCAGCCACGGGCAUGGAAUUCCCGUGGGACAUCCUGUCGGGGGGCCGGGCGAGCCAGGCCACGGUAGCCCUGCGGCGAGUAGCCCAGGGGGCCGGCAAGGAGUGGGGAAAGAUGCUCCCUCUGAUGCUGGCGGGGCUGCGAGCCGAGUGGGCACGGGGAGCGGCGCUGAGCCCUUGCCGCCUUACUUUGGGCUUCCCAUUGGAGAUGAGGUUGGAGAGGGAGGAGGAGGAGGAGGGGGGUAGCUGCCCACAGGACCGCGUCCUGUCCUGGCUCAGGCAGCUGCAGAAGGACGAGGCCCCCUACAAGUGGCAGACAGAAGCCACGCUGCUGAGGGGCUACCCGGAGGUGGAUGCUCCAUGUCUGUAGGCUCCAUUUCCUCCCCUAGACUGCUGUCUCUGUGUUGUGGUGAGGGGAGAAAAUAGGUGUACUAGGCUUGCUGGGGGGCUUUUGGGCAGGGCUGAUUGGGUUUAGGUAGGACGGGGAGCUUUUAGGAAGGACCGGGCAGCUUUGAGGCAGGAUUGGGGUUUUUAGAUAGGACUAGGGGGCUUUGGACAGGACUGGGGAGGCUUAGACAGCGCUGGGAGCACUGGUAUGGGGCAGCUGGGCCAGUGGGAGAAGGGGAGCACAGGCCAGGACAUUCUUUCAAAUGUUUUUUAUUUUCCUUCUCUCUCUUUUCCACUUCUUCAAUGAUUAAACAGUUUCUAAUCUUGA